AUAAGCUGACAUUAGAAUUCGAACACGAAUUUCGAACUCUACUCCAAAUGGACUUUAAGCAUAAAACUUACAAUAAUAAAAGUCAGUUGUAAGCAGAAGCGCGACACGUUAAGUUCAGAAGCGGAAAUCGUAUCCUUGUGGUGGUUGCUUAGCUUUUGCAACCCCCUAAUCGUCUGCUCAGGUACAGACGAACAAGUGUGAGUGUGAACAAUAGUGAACAAAUAAAAGUUUAAUUCCUUCGAAAUAAAAAUUAUUUAAAACGAUUGCGAAUGAAAAUGAGUGACGCCAAUGGACAAUAUCAGAAACUACCGCCAGGAUGGGACGCCAAAUACGAUCAGACAACGGGAAAUUGCUACUACAUAAACUACUUUACGAAGGCCAUGCAACUGGAAGACCCACGUAUACGCUACAAACAGCUGCAAAACGAACGCUGCUCCACAGAAUCAAUACCAAUGCAACCUCUGCAUGGUUCUCCAUAUCACGUCUAUCCGACCAACAAUUUACCUGCUAUGAGGGCAUUUCAAACUGGUCCAGGCACAAAUCCAAGCUUGCAUAAUAUGUCAUCUAGCCCUUUGUUAUCAUCUCGUGGCAAUUUGGAAAUGUCUCCAGUGCCAUUUUUGAAGUCAUCUAUAAUGCAAACACCACGCUUGGCUAAUAUGUCAAGACGUUCAACAAUACAAGAAACUUCGUUCUCCAAUCAAAUCGACACGGAUGCGGUUGUGACGAAAAUUCAGAACAUGUUUCCCACAGCCAGUGAGAAUCACAUACGUUUGCUAUUGAAGAAAUAUUACAACCGUGAAGCCGUUGUAAUCAGCGCACUGCAAGUAGAAAAACAUCCUGUCACAAUGCCAGGACCAUUUGUUACACCUCCUGCACAGCGACAUUUAUUUCACAGUAAUUCUGCUUUUCACAUGACACCACCGGCGCGUCGUCCUGAUAUUGCUGCAUCGCAUAGUCGAGGCCUUUCCGGCUUUAAUAAUUCACGUACGAUCAGUCCAAUACCAGGCGGGCGUUUCGGUAGUGUCAUGAGCAUGCAUAUGACUGACGGGGUUACAUCUGGUAAUACAAGUAGAUUUGGUGAUGGUUUUGCUCACCCUCUGUCGUUAUAUCAUAGUUCACCACGCUUCGGUGAACAGUGGCGUAGUUCACCAAAACCACAUUCUUCACCUAAAAUGAAACUGAGAUACAUGAAAAAUAUAUUUCCCAAGGCAGAUGAGAUGUUAUUGUUGGAUAUUUUGACUGGCGCUGAUAAUAAUGUGCAGUUGGCAUCAGAAAAACUGAUAUCAAUGGGUUAUGUUAAACGUGAUUUUGUUCCGGUUCAAAGAAAAACGAAUUUAGAUGGCACAAUUAAUGUACCAAAGAAACCUGAAGAUGAGAAAAUAAUACCAUUACGACCAAAGGAGCACACUUUAGAGGAAAAGGAAGAAAUGAAACAGCGUUUAAAGGAAAAAUAUCCUAAUAUUGUGGAACGUAUCAUAUUGAUGGCUUUAGAGUCGGUGAAUUACACUGAAGACAGAGCAAUACAAAUUCUACAAAUUGUGCAGGAAGAAGAUGAGUUGUCUGCUAAGAAGAAACAUGGUCUGUUACAAGUAACGCUGGAGAAUGAUGAAACUGAUUUGGAUGGACAUCCGUCUACAUCUGGUGAUAACAUCAUCACCGUUGUCGUUGAAACAACGCAAAAUGCGAACAACGAAAACGACAAUAUUUCGGAAAUAACUACAAAAAAAUAUCAGCAUCCGUCCAUAAAUAUAACCACACCCACGACCGCCACCACACAAAUUAUACUUUCCAAUUCACGAUUCUCAAUUGCUAACGAAUGCUCGCCGCAAUCAGAACCAACAAUCACGAAAACGAAUACUAAAUUCACCCAAAACGAUAGAAAUGAACGAAACACUAGACCGGUUUCUUCACCUCAAUUGGCUAACAAAGACACCACCAUCACCACCACUAAUAGUCAAAUCUCUAACUCCUCAAUAUCAUCCACAUCACGUUCAUCAUGCUCAUCUUCAUUAUCAUAUCCGACACUGACAACAAAAAGUAUACUCGCGCGUUCGAAAUUGAAUUCAAUUGGCAUCAACGGAUAUAUGCAUGGAUCUAAACUCUCUUCCGUAUCCUCUGCGGCUUCCUUACUGGAAAAAUUGAAAUUGUCGCGCCCACGUGACAAAACUAAUUCACUGAAAAGCUCCCAACGCAACUCAAUUGAAAAUGGCACCGACAGUGAAGAGAAGCUGAAAUUCCAGUCCUUGUUGGGACGCAUAUCCACAAUUGGUCCCAACUCCGAUCUAAGCAAAGGUGCUGAUGAAAAUUUAUUACUCGCUGAUUAUGUGACUUGGAAUGGCGCUAAUCCUGAUAUAAACUUAGGUCAAACGGCUACUGCUGGAGCAGAUAUAUCUCUUUUGAGUGGACGUUCUUAUAAGCCACUCGGGCACAACAAUGAACUAUGCAAUGGACCGAAGCUGGAUCUGGCUAAGGGCAGUAUUUAUACACAAAUAGUAACUGGCACUAAUAAAAGUGCCAAGAUUAAGUGUAAUUAAUCAUAUGAACAAAUGUU